AUGCUUCAGAAGGAGGUCGCCGAGAGUGAUCGGGAGACGGCUGAUCCCGUUCCUUUGCGGCUGCCGCCGAUUGGAGCGGGGGCUUCGCGAGGAGGACGACGGGGCGGUGUGACUCGCUUCGUCAUGGUCGAAUCAUCACAAGUGGAAAAAAAAAGUAAUGGUAUUAUGAAUUUCACCAAGUCUUUGUCUGGUACCAAAUUGAAGAGUGGAACACUGUUCAUUGGUUACCUCAAUGCUACAAUCAGCAGUUUGUUCAUCAUAGUGUCAUCGGUAGGCCUGUCGAGUAAUUUCUUCGACGUGAAUGAGACAGUUUUUAAUCCGAUUAAAGCCUAUUAUGAAUCCGUGAACUACAUCGGCCCUCCUAUUAUUCUUACGUUUGGAAUUGUUUGUUUCGGAUUCACUGUUGCCUUGAUUGUUGGUACUCAUAUGGAAAUGACUCAAUUGAUGCGUUUAUAUGUGGCCUUCGGGGCUAUCGGCCUUAUGCUGUCCACUGGUGUUCUGAGCCUAAUUGUUGUUAUCAUGGCGUUAUUGGGCAAACUAACCUCCAUGAUCUUUGCAAUGCAGAUUUUCUUUUUCUUUGGUAUGUACGUGUUUGAAUUGCACGUGAUCCAACGAACCAUCGAGCUCUUCGAAACCCCUUCUGACAGUCAAGGCAGAAUUGUGCCAUAUGAAAAAGACACAUUCCUACCGCCAUACGAGGGAUGCGAAUUUGAACCACGUCUUACUGUCGGGUGCGAUUCGUAAUACAUAACAACAAAUGAUAUAUUUUUAAUCGAUAUAAUUAAUUUAUGGUAUGCAAAUAUUUGACAUGUUCUUGCAUGAUAUAAAGGUCACUGGGUAUAAUAGAUGAUUGAUAUAACAACUUUCAAUCU